AUGUUCGAAGAGAAGAUCAACUCGCCGGCUGUGAAAGCCUACUUCGAAGUCUUGGGUCUCGAUGUGUGGGAUGCAUGGUCUUUCUUCAAGCUCUUGGACCUCGAUGACGGGGGUGAUGUGGAGAUUGAGGAGUUUUUAAUGGGCUGCCUUCGCCUACGUGGAACCGCCCGCGCAAUUGACGUCGGCAAACUCAUCCAUGAUCAAACUUGGCUUAUCCGCACGCACGGCAAGUUCCAGACCUAUGUGGAGGCGGAGCUCAAGAAGAUUCAAGAGCAGCUGCUAUGGAUGGCAGGUGUCGGUCCCGGCACACCAGACAAUGCUCGGUCCACCAGCACUGGCAGCUUUGGAUUCCGCAACCUGCGCAAUCGGACAUCAAACUCAUCUGAUACGAAUGCCAAAGAUAGCUGA